AUUACUUAUCAAUCAACAAAUUGUUCAAAUAAAAAGAUAAUUACGAAGUAUCAGUUCCGAAUUAAGAAUAUUCAAGUAAAUUUCUAGUAAAUAUAAUAUAUUGUUAGUCGUUCGUCUGGUGGAUGAAUAGUAAUCGUAUAUUCAGUCAAACAUGGGUUCAGUAUUGAGCUACUUCUUAGGAUUCUUUGUUAACCAAGGUAGAAUCGACGAUGCCAAUCCUGUAACAGGACUAACAUCGCGUGAUGUAUAUUUAAUUACAAAUACUUGGAACAAGGUUAUUUCCAAGCCUACUGAAAAUGGUAUCAAAUUUUUUAUGAGACUGUUCGAAAUUGAACCUAAGCAUAAGCUAGCUUUUCCGUUUAAAGACUUACCUACCGAGAGCCUUCCUAGUAACAAGAGAUUUCACGCCCAUGUAAACGGCGUCAUGUACUCAAUAAGUUCUAUUGUAAGCAGCCUUAAUGAUGUAGAUACUCUAGUGGCUAUUAUUGAUAAAAUAGGACGAAACCAUGCAAAAAGAUCAGUGGAUCUACAGGCUUUAAAGGACGUGAAAAGGGCUUUAUUGGAUGUUUUUGCGUUUAUGACAAACGAAGAGUUAGCAGCUUGGAGUAAAAUGCUUGAUUACUUCGCAAAAACCGCAAUUAUAGCCAUUGAUGAUGAAAAUUAAUUAUUCUCAUUUAAGUUCGAGGUUUGUUGAGAGUGUGAGAUAAGUUGAAAGUAAACAAAGACGUUAAACUUUAUAGUUUAUUUAUAAAAUAUACGUAACUUUAUAA